AUGUCCUUUAUUAAUCAAUCUCAGGCAAACACCACCUUAGGUGUGCCACAGUGGAGCAUUCUGGGGUAUGUGCUGUUUUCCACUGUAACAACAUUGCCAAGUUGUGUGUUUCUUUUCAUCAAUCUGACAAUGUUAUACACUUUAAGGAGUAAAGAGGUGUUUGUAGAGACCUCUCGGUACAUUCUUCUUUUUAACCUUCUGUUUGCAGACACAGUCCAGCUGGCACAGAGUCAGUCGAUGUUUUUACUGUCCACUACCACUGUAACAAUGCUGUAUUCUGUGUGUGUGGGUUUAAUUAUUAUGAACAGUCUCACACUUACUGUCUCUAUUGUUACACUGAUAAUAAUGUGUUUAGAGAGAUACAUCGCUGUUUGUUAUCCAUUCAGGCAUAGUGUGUUCAUGACUACCAAAAACACAGGAGUGGUUAUUUGUAUCAUUUGGUGCUUUAGUACACUAAAAAGCAUUAUGCAACUAAGUCUAAUUUUUAAGUUUUCUUUACGCAACUUAAACCAGGUGCAGUAUGCAGGCUCUUGUGGAAAACAGAGUGUGUACGAAGAUCCAGUUUCUGAUGUUUUUACCAAGGCUUUCACUUAUUUUCUCUGUGUGUUAGGAGGUGUAACUGUCACUUUCUCUUAUACUGGUAUCAUGGUAGCAGCUCGUACAGCCUCCACAAACGCAGCGUCAGCCAAGAAAGCACAGAGGACACUGCUGCUGCAUCUGCUGCAGAUGGGCCUCACAGUGUCCUCAACAAUAUACAACUCUUUGCUCAUAGUUCUCUCUAAAAUUGUAGACAGGUUUCUUGCUGUGCAUCUGCAGAUUGUUGUGUAUAUAUGCAUUAUUAUCUUUCCCAAAUGUCUGAGCUCUCUUAUAUAUGGGCUGAGGGACAGGACAAUCAGGCCCAUCCUUGUACUCAAUCUUAUUUGUCAGUGGAGAAGCUGGGGGCCGGGCACCUCUCACUGUACCCACCUUAAAGACCCACGCCUCCUCCCUUCCACCCACCUCAGUGACAACUCUUUCCAAAAACAAGUGACAUUUUUGGUGACAUGUCACGUGCCAACCUGCUUCAAGUCCUCCACUAUUAUUCCUGUUCCCAACAAGCCAAAACCUGUCACCCUGACCUAUGUGGUUAUGAAGUCCUUUGAGCUCCUUGCACUUUCAAACCUGAAAGAGAUCACUGAUCCCCUCUCUGACCCCCUACAGUUUGCUUACAGAGCCAACAGGUCUGCAGAUGACGCUGUUAAUUUGGCCCUUUACUACAUCCUCCAGCACCUGGAUUCUGCAGGUUCCUAA